AAACUUCUUUCCUGCAACUCUGCAAUUCCGUUCGAAAGCAAGUUGGAGUAGGAAAUUCAUUUGUGGGGUUGAUAUGUAUCCACUCGCAAGGACAAGUUUUUGUAGUGGUUUCCGCGUCGUCUUCUUCGAUUCCAACUGCUAUUGCGUCUUCAAUAAACGGACUAUAGAGAGGACUUUGACUUGGCCAAGCCAAUCGGGGCAGGGUCUUCCUUCUUAUCUGCCCCUCCCCGUCUCCCGCACGCACUUCUCCCGUCUCCUCUCGCUUCUAUUCCCUGCCUCUCGCCGGCCUCUCUCCGAGAGCAGCUGGGAGGAGCCAUCCAUGGUGCGGGCGAGUCUUCUCGCCGUGCACGACGCCGUAGCCAGCGGGGGCCACCUCAGCCCCGUGGCCGUCGUGGUGUUCGCGGUGGCCGCGACGGUGGCCGUGGCGGCGAUCACGGCGUUCGGGUGCGCGCAGGGCGCCAAGAAGAAGCCGCCCAGGCAGAACAACGUCGUCUACUACGGCAAGGGAUACCCGCCGCCCCCCGCGGGGGCGUACGGCUACCCGGCGCAGCAGCCGCCCCCCGGCUACGGCUACGCGUACCCGCAGCAGCAGCAGAGCGCCGGGAGGCCCGCCCGAAGCGGGCUCGGGUCCGUGUCAUUAGAAUGCGCUAAGUUUGUUCAUAAGAUAUUUUAUAUAGUUUGAAUUGAAAUGGUGUCACUUUUUUAUAUUAUCAUGUAAUUUCAGUAGUUUUGGUGAUAGCGGACCAAGUAUCGUUUUUUACUCUUAUUUUUCAACUCACGAUUCGAUUCAUGUCUCACCAUAUUACCAGCUCUAUCCUGAUCCUAAUUAGGCAUGAAAGGAUUUAAAAUUUAUGCCUAUAUAUAUAAAGCAUCCUAAAUUUUUGGAAA